AUGUAUCGUUCGGCUAGGACUUCUAGGGCUGAUCCCAACGAUGAAGACUGGAUUGUGCCACAGUCCGAUAGGCACGACAGCAACCGGUGCAACGUGGGCCGUAUUCUAUACGACACAGAGGACGAGGACGAGGUCUACCAUCCUUAUAUUGGUGAAGGAGAGCAGGAUUAUGAAAGCGACUGUGAUAUUCAGCCGCCACAACGCAAGCGCCGUAAGUUAAGCUCGUCAGCCCAGCCGGCCCGCAUAGCGGUCACCGAACGGCAGACACGCUCACAUGUAAUUUCUUCCCAUUUACGACCAGUACACGGACCAGCGCGAGGCCGAAGGUAUUCAGGCAGUCAAAAUGUAUCCAGCGCGCCACAAGGCCACAGCGUUGAAGGGACUACUGAGGCGCAUGCUGCGAAUUACGGGGAAUGGCUGCUUGAGGACGCAGUACUUAAGCGUGUGACCGUGAACGGCCUUGCGACUUUCCAGUUGCAGUUUACCUGGGACUCCUGCACAAAUCACAGCCGCGGUGUACGUGCGACUAGAAUCCCACCAUACACGCCACCUGCUGAGAAGGGUUUCCCCACGGGGCUAGGCCUAGGAACAAGGAAUUCCUUCACACUUGAUGAAGACAACCUUAUCGUCAAGCUAAAGAGCCAGGGGUUACAUUGGAAGGAGAUCCACAGACAGUUCGUAGAGGCCCUUCCAGAGCGCAAGCGAACUAUGGCGGCCUUGCAGAAACAGGUCCCCCGAGGCGGAGAGCGGAAUGUCAAGAGGGAGGAGAAGACGCGGUACUUAGGCGAUGCACGGGGCGAAGAGGGCGGCGCGAGCAAAUUGAAAUAUCAGUCUCUUAUUUAG